AUGGAAAUGGACGUCAAUCGCCCGACCAGCCGCCAUGGCAACCUAAUGACCAUAUCCGCCCGCUGCUCCAACAACAAUGCAACCGGAGCUGGUCCUGGAGCUGGAGCUGGAGUUGGAGCCGCCGGAAGUGAGGCACCGCCCAGCGGCUGCUGCGGCAUCUUGGGCCGCCUCCUCUGCGUGAGUCGCCACAAGGCCACGCAAUCGGUGGCCGGCAGCGAUCCCUUCUCCCAGCUGCAGCUGCAGCGCAAGGGAGUCGCCACACCUGCUGCCGUUCCCGGACAGCGACGCCGCCGGACGCCGCAGGAAAUCUACUUCGAGAGUCGCGGCAAGUCCUGCAAGAAGCUGCUGAAAUUCAAUGGCAAUUCCAACAAGAUACUGCUGUAUCCCGAGGAGGGCUGGGCGCGGACCGCCUCCUCCAGCUACUGGACCAUCACGCCCUGCUUCUGGCAGCCCAAUCGCUGUCGCAUCGUCGAGUGCUCCGGAACCCAGCGGCGCGCGACGAAGGCCCGGAUGCUGCCGCUGGAGCAGCAGGGAUCCCUGCUGAUUGCCGGACACUUUCGCCGGACGACGGCGGCGGGCGGAGGAGCUGCAUCGCCGGCGGGGGGCGGGGCAGCGGGCAACGGGUCGGUGGCUGCCACGCCCACGCCCGCAGUCCCUGCCGAUGCAAUCCGGACGGGGUCAGCGGGCUGUGACAAGUCGCCGCCCGCGUGGAACGACGAGUUCAAGCUGUAUCUGACGUCGAACAUCUCGAUGGAGGACUACAACAUGGGCUACUGCCUCACCGGAUUCGUGGAGCGCCGCUGCCAGGUGACCAACACCUUCCAGAUGACACACUUCGCGGUCAUCAAGCGCCAGUGGCCACCGUCGCCGUCCAACCUGGGCAACUCCUAAGGCCCCGCAUCCCACUUUUGUAAUUGUGAUCCGACCUUUUGUU